ACAUGACAACAGACGCGUUGUGCUAAAAAAAAUAAAUAUCAAAUUGGCGAAAAUUUCAAACGAAAAUUUGACAUCCUCGCGCCCAUCUCUCUCUCUAGAAAACCCUAGCUCUACCGAUCCCAAAACUCAGCUUUAUAUCUACGCAUAUAUAAACUUGCCUUGCUUCUCGCUGCGCUAUAUAUUAUCUCCUAUCCAAUUCAAUUGAAUCUGUAUAAUUACACAAAUUAAUAUUGUCUACUCAUUAUACAUACAUACAUUCACAUCUCUCUGUAUUUCAAUUUACAAUUCAGUGAUGAGGAAAGGGGCCAAGAGAAAGGCGACUCAGAAAGACCAAGCGGUAGAGAAGAAAGAGGUGGUCAAAGCUAAGCGCACUAGGGUUCCUAAGCCUGUUUCUCCCCCUGAUUACUUCCCUGAAAAGCGUAAUUUGGAAGAUUUAUGGCAGCAGGUUUUCCCUGUUGGAACUGAGUGGGAUCAACUUGACCUUGUUUAUCAGUACAAGUGGAAUUUCUCUAAUCUCGAGAAUGCAUUUGAGGAAGGCGGAGAACUAUUUGGGAAGAAAGUCUAUCUCUUUGGUUGUACAGAACCUCAAUUGGUCUUUUUUGAGGGUCAAGGAAAAGUGACAGUCAUACCUGUAGUGGUUGCUGUUGAUUCUCCCUUUCCACCUUCUGAUAAGAUAGGCAUCAACUCAGUCCAGAGGGAGGUUGAAGAAAUUAUUCCAAUGAAGCAAAUGAAAAUGGACUGGGUUCCAUACAUACCAUUAGAAAACAGAGACUCUCAGGUUGAACGAUUGAAGUCUCAAAUCUAUAUUUUGAGCUGUACCCAAAGAAGGGCUGGCUUGAAACAGAUGAAGUUAGAUCGUGUGAAAAAAUUUGAGUACUGCUUACCAUAUUUCUAUCAGCCAUUCAAGGAAGAUGAACUGGAACAGAGCACCAUUGUGCCAAUCAUAUUUCCUGCAGAACCAAAGCCGGUCUUCACUGAGUUUGAUUGGGAGUUUGAUGAAGUUGAGGAGUUUACUGACAAGCUUAUUGAAGAGGAAGAACUAACUGCUGAUCAGAAGGAUGCCUUCAAGGAUUUUCUUAAGGAGAAAGUUCGAGAAGCAAAAAAAGCAAAUCGAGAGGCAAGGGAAGCCCGGAAGAAGGCAAUAGAAGAAAUGAGUGAGGAGACCAAGACUGCAUUUGAGAAAAUGAAGUUUUACAAAUUUUACCCUGUGUCUUCAUCUGAUACUCCUGAUGUGUCUGAUGUUAAAUCUCCAUUUAUAAACCGGUAUUAUGGGAAGGCACACAUAGUUCUUUGAUCCAGUACUGAAGGAUUAACGGUCCUCUGCUCAAGGGCAUUUUCGAUAUAGUUUAUCUGUUAUGUGCAGUUGCCGACUUGGGCUGCACUGAGUUUACUACCAAUUUUAAGACUCCUCAGCUAUCCUUUUGGAAAUUCAAGACUAGGUGGUGUAAAUCCUUAGGCAGAAAGAGAUGAGCAAUUUUACUUUCUUUGUCUUUAUACAUUUGGAUGUAUGGGUAGGAAAUAGUUGAGGUUGCUUGUAUUGGAAAAUGAUUAAUAGGCUUAUGUAAUUGUUAUCAUGUGCACUAGUGAUACCCAAAUUUUGUAUGUUCUCCAAAAUGUUACAACUCCUUGAAUGUGUUUUUUUUUUCAGUUUCUGUAAUGUCGUAGAAAGAAACAUUGUAGGAAUUUAAAUAUAUUCAUUUGUCAGUUUCACUUA